AUCUUAUCCCAAACACAACCCACACUACUACCCUACCCGUCCGCCUCUCUCGAAAGCGCAGCACCAGCGAGCAUGUCGCCUGUCACCGCACUCCUGGCGGGCACGGUGGUGCCGCCGGCCUCGGCCCCGUCGCCAGCGAGGCACGCCCGCCAUUACUCCGUCGGCUUCUCCCCGCUCCACGGCGGCGGGCGCGCGGCGCUGGCGGUGGAGUGCUCGUCGCGGCCGCAGAAGAAGGGGACCAAGCACCACAUGAAGACGCGGCCCAAGAAGACGCAGCCGUGGGACAUCAAGCGCCGCCCCACGCAGUACCCGCCGCUGCCGCCGCUCCCGCCGGACUGGACGCUCGUCGCCUCCGGCGCCACGGUGGACGUGGAGGAGGCGGAGGCCCCGGCACCCGCCGCGACUCUCGUCCUCGACGUGGCCGCGGCCACCGACUGAGGCCGCCGCGGCGUGUCGCCAAAGUUGUUCCCUUGAACCUCCGCAUAAGCUGUUUUUCUUUGAGAUUUAUUAUAUAAUAACAAUGGCUGCCCAGAUUUUGUGAUUAUAAAUUAAGAAUCUUUCAUUGCUGUCCA